UUUGUUUGUUUGUUUGUUUGUUAUUGGCCUGUGUGAGGAUGCAGGCAAAGGGGCGGGACUGAGCGCACAGCCGGGGGUAGGUGCGGUAGUGCGGCGUCUGAUGCGCGCAGAGAGACGACACUCCGCGCUGGACAGACACACACCAGAGACACCGGAAUGCACACAAAAUGCUGCGUCUACGAGCCGUGACAAGCCGCUCCAUGUGAAGAAAACAAAGCAACAGCCCACGACACUGCCGGAAGCUCCCCCGUCCGUCCAGACCGAAGCACUCCGCGCAGGCAGCGUUCUUUGCCGCAGAAAUCCUCCCCAGCAGAGCUCCCCGCCGCCGAUGCGCUUCAGCUGUGCAUGAAUCCCCCUCAGUUUGCCUUGCAGGGUCCAGGACGAAAAACCGGGCGGUGUUGACGACUGAGUGUGGUGGUUUGUGAGUGCACCUUAUCCGCGUCUCCGCACACCCCUUGGCACCUUCCUUCAGGAUGGCGUUAACGAUCUGCACGAGAUUUACCGACGAAUAUCAGCUGUUCGAGGAGCUGGGGAAGGGCGCAUUCUCAGUGGUCAGGAGGUGUGUGAAGAUCUCCUCUGGACAGGAAUAUGCUGCAAAAAUCAUCAACACCAAGAAGCUUUCUGCCAGAGAUCAUCAAAAGCUGGAGAGGGAGGCAAGGAUUUGUCGUUUACUGAAGCACCCCAACAUUGUACGACUCCAUGACAGCAUAUCAGAGGAGGGUUUCCACUAUCUGGUGUUUGAUCUGGUGACAGGAGGAGAGCUGUUCGAGGACAUCGUAGCCAGGGAGUACUACAGUGAGGCUGAUGCCAGCCACUGCAUACAGCAGAUCCUCGAGAGUGUCCAUCACUGCCAUGUUAAUGGGAUCGUUCACAGGGAUCUGAAGCCUGAGAACCUUCUAUUGGCCAGUAAGCUGAAGGGGGCGGCGGUCAAGUUGGCUGACUUUGGGCUGGCUAUCGAGGUGCAGGGGGACCAGCAGGCAUGGUUUGGUUUUGCCGGCACCCCAGGCUACUUGUCUCCGGAAGUUCUGAGGAAAGACCCAUAUGGGAAGCCAGUGGACAUGUGGGCCUGUGGUGUGAUUUUAUACAUCCUGCUGGUGGGAUACCCUCCCUUCUGGGAUGAGGACCAGCACCGCCUUUACCAACAAAUCAAGGCUGGGGCCUAUGAUUUCCCGUCCCCAGAGUGGGACACUGUAACUCCUGAGGCCAAAGAUCUGAUCAACAAGAUGCUAACCAUCAACCCCAGUAAACGCAUCACUGCCGCAGAGGCCCUCAAACAUCCCUGGAUCUGCCAACGGUCCACUGUAGCUUCCAUGAUGCACAGGCAGGAGACUGUGGAGUGCCUGAAGAAAUUCAACGCCAGGAGGAAACUCAAGGGAGCCAUAUUGACCACUUUGCUGGUCACAAGAAACUUCUCAGCAGCCAAGAGUUUGCUCAACAAGAAGCCAGAUGGCGUUAAGGUCAACAACAAAGCCAACACAGUGACCAGUCCUAAAGACACUGGCCCUGCCCCUGCGCUGGAACCACAGACAACUGUGAUCCACAAUCCAGUGGAUGGAAACAAGGAGUCCAUUGAGAGUGCCAACACCACAAUUGAGGACGAGGAUGUAAAAGCCUGCACCAAUAACAAUAAAGCUCGCAAACAGGAAAUUAUCAAAGUCACUGAGCAGUUGAUUGAGUCUAUCAACAAUGGAGACUUUGAGGCCUAUGCGAAGAUUUGUGAUCCUGGUCUAACUUCCUUUGGGCCUGAGGCUCUGGGUAACCUGGUGGAAGGACACGACUUCCAUCGCUUUUACUUUGAAAACGCACUGUCCAAAGGGAACAAGCCUGUGCACACCAUUCUUUUGAACCCACAUGUGCACCUAAUUGGGGAAAAUGCAGCGUGUAUUGCCUAUAUUCGGCUGACCCAGUACAUGGAUACCAGCGGCAUGCCCCGCACCAUGCAGUCCGAGGAGACCCGUGUGUGGCACCGCCGCGAUGGCAAAUGGCAGAACAUCCACUUCCAUCGUUCCGGCUCGCCCAGCAUCCCCUCCCAGUAAGAGACACUAAGAAACACACAGCAGAAACCUUGAUUUAAGACAAACCAAACAGCAACAGAAAAAUCUUGUUUGUGGACCUCCAGUGGUUACACUUCUCACCUUGGUUGUUGGUCCAGGAUGUGGUCAGUACACUGUGACAUCACUGUUUGGGUGUGGUAACAGGUGGAACAUAGCACACUUCUGACCACAUCUAACCAGAUGGAUAUGGUCAAAUAUACAGCAGACUUGAAACUUUCAGCCAUAAGUAAAACACCACUAAACAGCCUGAUGUUAAGUCAAGUAGCUAACCAAGAGAGAGUUGACAGGUUGCAAGGCUUUCCAGUCGAUCACACAUAAUUUCAUUUUAUUUCUAUUUAUAUUAUUUAUAAAAAAACAAAACAAAACAAAACAACACAGUAAUGAAGAUAACUGUUAAUAUGUUAGCCAACAGGCUACUUGUCAACGGCAGUCCUCAGGCGAGAUGUUUUGAAACCUAUAAAAUGAUGACAUUCACUGAAUAAAGGCGGCAGGACACCAUAAAGACAGCAAAAGCAGUGGCAAACAGAAAUUCUCAAGACAGAACACAAGGCAUGCAAAGCAACAUGGUGGACACUGACAUGUGGCCAGAAAUUGUUUAUCCUGACAUUUAUAUUUACGUCAUUUUGAUGCUUGGGAAAAUACUUGAUGCAAAACCUGAAGGUGUAGAAAAGCCUUGAUGCACACACAUUUUGUGAUCAGGUUUAAAGACAAAGCAAAACUGAUAAUCAGAAAAAUGCUUAAUAUCAAGAUGAUGAUCAG